AUGUACUGGAAAGUUCUGCUGCUUCUGAUCCUGGGGACACUCAGCUCUUUGUCCUAUGCUGGAGAUGAGAAGAAGGUGACGGUUUCCUGCCCUGAACACCAGAAGGCCUUUGGAGGCUCCUGCUAUGAGUUUGUGGAUCACCAGCUCUCUUUCUUUGGUGCUCAAGCUUGGUGUGAGGAGAGUGGAGGACAUCUUGCAUUUAUCCCAGAUGAGGACACUCAGUAUUUCCUUCAGAGACACCUGGACCCUGACAAGGAUCUUUGGAUCGGAGUAGCACCUUCUACCUCUCCAAACCUGCAAUAUUCUGCAACUGUUGAAGGUGCUCUCUGUUGGCUGGAUGGUUCACAUAUCACCUUUUCAAACUGGGUGAGCAGCCCACAGCCAGGAGCAGCUUGUGGACACAUAUUGAAGGACUCAGGCUUCCAAUGGAAAGCUGAAAGAAACUGCAACAAAAAACUGCAUUUUAUCUGCCAGUUUGAGUCUGGAAGAUCCAUUGUGUGUGCGGGUCGUAACACCGCUCUGCAGUGUGGUUCUGGUCAAGUGCUGAUGAUAGAUGGUGGCUUCUACGGUCGUAAGAACAUUCAUUACUGUCGAUCCACGGCAACAACAUCCACACAACGUCAGUGUGGCUGGGUGGAUGCUGUAGAGUCGAUCACAGCCAACUGCAGUGGCCGCCAGGUUUGCCAGAUUGCUAAAGUUGUGAACUCCUUUGGUGAACCCUGUCCUCAGCUGGGGAGCUACCUGUCUGUGGAUUACCACUGCAAAGAAGGGCUCACGUUGACAGUAAGCACCGUGGCUGCUGUUUUUAAUGACAUCACCAUCAGCAUAAAGUGGUCCUUACAUUUGUCAUGGGGAAACCUUACCUGCAAGCUGAGCACCGGAGAUGGCAAUGUUAUUUAUCUGGACAGUCUAGACGGGUUGGAGAGCAGUGUGAUGCACAAAUAUACUUAUCCAAGUACGUUUCUUGUGGCAGUUGAAUGCACCAACAGUGACGUACACAUUACAGCUCAGAAAAUAACUACCAUUCUAGAGCCUGUCACAGAGUUUGGUGUCAUCGGGUGUUUUGCUGGAAAGCUGUUUUUUCAUGCUACGAACUGCAAGGCCUUGUACGGAGGAGCACUGCAAAUUCAAAUGGAAGUAAAAGCAGGUUCAAAUGUGAGUUACAGAAUCCAGAAGGAUGAAAUGGUGUUGUCCAGUUUAUCUGUGGUCAGAGGAAAUGUUCCCCAUAAUAUCACAGUGACUCCAGAGAUGGUGAAGCAGCUCGGGCCUGGCUGCCACCUGCUGAUCCUUUAUGCAUCUAACAUGGUCAUGUUCCCUGAAGUGUCCACAGCCCUGCAGGUGUGUGUUUUGGAGAAAGUAGCUGGGCUCCAGGCAUCUGUGUUGACAGAGAUAACGGAGAGGGAUGACUGUCGGUCCUCUCCAAAUAUCACUGUUGGUGUUUCCCUUGAACGGGGUGCACCUGUGCUGCUCCUCUUCUCUCUGACAGGAGACAACAACGGCUCAUUUUAUGUGACCAGAGAAAUGAAUGAAAGGAAGGGAAUUUUUCAUAUUGGACACCCAAUUCAAGGAACAGUACAAGUGAAACUCAGAGCAUGGAAUGACUUCUGCUCUCUCGAAGUGGAUGUGGACAUGUUUGCUUCCUGUGGCAAGGAUUCAGUCGUUAAACUAAAUGGUCAUAAUGACCAUUGGUUGAGCUUUAACAAGACACUGAGGAAGAAACAUAUCAGAGUUGUCAGAUCUCCAAUAAAAAUCGAUGCAAACCCUUCAGAGACAGUACCUACCAGAAAUAAAAGUAUCACGCUUUCCAUAAGGGACGAUUCCACUCUAACAGACCCGAACAAACGAUACCAGUGGGAAUGCAAACAUCCCUGCAAAUGCCAAGGAAAUUUCGAGUCACUGACCCACACCAUUAGAGCAAACUGCCUGCCAGAUCCAUUUCAAUUUAACAAGUAUUAUUUUAAUGUGAUAAACAGAGGUAAUAAUAAAGUGGAAAAAACUGAAUCCAUAUGCAUCGCCCUGACCCCUGAGCCUAAUACACCAGAUGGACUAAGUCUCACUUGUACACAAGGCUGUGACCCUGUUAAGGAGAACACAGAUGCAAAAAUUAAAAUGAACUGUAAUGCACAGUGUCCAAACGUCAUAUGGUACAUUGAGGACCCACAUGAUGACAAGAACUGGAUAGAUGAGACACAGAGCUGCUACAAAAAGGCAGGGAGAAGGCCACUUGUCGACAUACAGAAUGGCGGGAAUGAAUAUACUGUGAAACAUUCCAGUCUUGCACUGGCCAUGUCUGAGGGUCAGGAUGUCACUGUGGUAGUAACUUCUGCGGAUAUUGUGCCUAUUUUCACAACAUACACCAUACAGACAUCAUCUUCAAAGGAACCAGCUCCUACCACUGAACAACCAGCUGCUACUGACACGACUGCCGAAGACAGGCCGACAGCCGCUGCUGGUCCUGCCACAACAGCACCUGGCGCAACCAGUGCUACCACUACUGGCAGGGAUACAACUCCAGCAGCAACCACCAACAGUUUUGAAGGCCUCUCCUGUAGCAUAGUGCCGUCUAGAGGAACAAUCUUUGAUCCUUUCAGUAUGACUUGCCAGACUCAAAGUCCUUGUUCUAGGUGUCGCUAUUGUUUUAAGACUGAAGAUAAGCAUCUGCGUUGCAGCAAGAACAGUGAAGUGAAAUCGGUCUUCCUUCCUGUCGGAGACAGCCAAUCCAACUACAACCUGAUAAUCACAGCAACUGCAAAAAAUAACGACUUUGCAUUUAGCACCACAAUAACUGCACAGGUUAGUCAAAAAUAGACUUCUGGCUCUUCAGUAGAUAAUCUUAAGGUGUCUGUGGAGACUGCUGUGACUCAGCUGAAGCAACAGGGCCUACUGUCAGGGGAAACCUUGGGACAGAUCUUCAGUUCUGUGGCCACCAAACUGAACGGUCAAUCUGAUAAAUCGAAAAAAGCAGAUAGGCAAAAGCUUCGUGAGCAGAUGCUGGACAUAAUGACUGACACGGUGAAAGAGGUUCCCACCAACACUCCAGAAGAAGUUCAGGUGAUCGCCAGAAGUCUUAGCGCUGUCGUCCAGAAAGGCACAGAGCUCAGCUCCUCUGCUCAGGAAGAGGCUUCAUUAUUAUUUGCGACCCUCAGCUCAUCUCUCCUUCACAUGGAUGUGAACAAAACUGAAGAAAACAAGAAAGAAAUACACACUGCAGCCAGCACCAUUGUGGAAGGAGCAAGCAAUAUCCUGGACUACUCUUCCAGUAAAAACAUCUCUGAUGCCCUUCUCAUCACACUGAAAAAUACACAGAGUGCACUGUUGAUAUUUAAAGAUGCUAACAAGGGGCCAACUAUUAUCCAACAAGCUAAUAUUGCCAUUUUUGUCAGUAGAGUGACACCGGGAAAUUUACACACAGAGGCUAUAAAUAUUCCCAACUGUUCCUGCCCCACGUUUUCUCUCCCAAUACUACCUUCCAACAUACUUCCCUCGGAAGAGCCAGUGGAUAUACGAAUGCUGAGUUUAGAUAAAAAUCCAUUCUCCUGGAAUGAGAGAGGAAACAUCAGUGGCCCAAUAGGUGCUCUAUCCCUCACAACAGAAGAAGGCUCCAGUAUCCGUGUGGAGAAUUUGAGUAAGGAUAUUGAGAUUCUGCUGCCAAGGCCGGUUGGAGAGCAGGUGAACACCACAGUUUUGGACCUGGGGAACUACAGCACAACAAUCAUAGAUGUUCCUUCAGCUGAUGCUACUCUGGUGUUAAAGAUGGUGCCCUCAAAGGACCCAUUACACUUCAAACUGUUCCUUGGUUAUAUGGGCUACCCAACUGAAACAAAUUAUGUAGCAAUGACAGAGAUGCCCCACCAGGGAACCACACAAGAGGAGCGAUACACUUGGCUACUAGACCCUAAGAGUUUAAAGGGAAACACUGGAGUGCACUAUCUUGUAGUGAGGCCCAUUGUAGGCCCUGGUAUAAAAUCCAUCAAUGCCAGUUUAUCGGUCACCUCCAUCACCGCUGCAUGUAAAUUUUGGGACGAAUCAGUACUGGAUUGGAGCAAUGAAGGAUGCAGGGUUGGUAUUCAGACCACACAUUUAGUCACCCAGUGCCUCUGCAACCACCUCACGUUCUUUGGGAGCUCUUUCUUUGUUACCCCCAACCUUGUCGACCCGUCACGCUCUGCUGAGCUAUUUGGGACCUUUACUGAGAAUCCUGUGGUUGUGUGCUUCGUGGGUGCGCUCUUUGUGGCUUAUCUCUUGGUGGUUGUAUGGGCACGACGAAAAGACAUCAGAGACACGGUCAAGGUGAAGGUGACAGUGCUGGAAGACAAUGACCCCAUGGACGAGUACCACUACCUGUUAAGUGUGAGCACGGGGUAUCGGAGAGGAGCCUCCACCUCCUCUCAGGUAACAAUAACUCUUCUGGGUGAGGAUGGAAACAGUGAGCCGCACCACCUGACAGAUCCAAAGAAAUGUGUGUUUGAAAGAGGUGCGGAGGAUAUGUUCCUGCUAACUACACCCUUUUCCCUGGGAGAUCUGCAGGGCAUCAGAUUGUGGCACAACAACUCAGGGAGCCACCCUGCCUGGUAUGUAGGCAAUGUCAUGGUGCUGGAUUUGCAGACCAACCAGAAAUGGCGUUUUCUGUGCAACUCCUGGCUGAGCAUAGAUAUGGGUGAUUGUUCCCUUGAUAAAGUUUUCCCUGUCUCAACAGAGAUUGAUUUGAGGAGGUUCAGUAAUUUGUUCUUCAUGAGGACAACAAAGGAUUUCAGCGAUGGACACCUCUGGUACUCGGUGAUAAGCCGACCACCGAGCAGCACCUUCACUUGUGUGCAGAGAGUGUCCUGCUGUUUCUCCCUGCUGCUCUGCACAAUGCUGACCAGCAUCAUGUUUUAUGGCAUCCCAACAGACCCAUCUGAGCAGACCAUGGACCUGGGUCACUUUGAGUUUACCUGGCAACAGUUCAUGGUUGGAGUCCAGAGUUCACUCAUCAUGUUUCCAGUGAAUAUCCUCAUUGUUAGUAUCUUCAGAAACACCCGUCCUUGGGACAUGUCUUGUUGCAAGCACAAAACAGGAAAACCAGCUGCCCCUGAGCAGGAGAGAACCUUGCACACUCCCUCCUCACAGACUGGCACUAACAACAUGAAUGUCACGGUCACUUUAGACAUUAUCAUCAAGGAUAUCACAAGAAUUGCCCAUUCACUCUCUAAGACUGUGAAAAGCAACAUCCCGCCCGAAAAGUCGGAGUUUGGACCCGGGCAUCAAGCUGAUAUCAAUGCUGUCCUUUCUGUGGUGGACGACUUUGUCCGACAGAGUAACAAAAGCAGUGACAGCACCCAGUCAAAAACACAGAGCGUUUGCAAGCUCGUUCAGCCUCAGCUACAAGAGGGCAGUGCUAGUGUGCAUCCUGGGACAAACAUGGAAGGCAUUCAGAAGAAGAGCAACAAAACCCAGUAUUUGUACAGGCAGCUGUGUCACAUUGACAAAGAGCUGAGCCUGCUGGGCCCGUCUGGCUUCCCCACUCCUCACAGCUACAGCCAGGCCCUGCAGCAAGUCCAGGGCAUGAAGAGCUUCCUUGAAGAUCAGCUCUUCACAUCCAGCUCCCUCAACCUGGAUGAAUUCAUCCAGAACAAGUUGAGUCCUUCAGACAGCACUGCUGGUGACAGUAAUCAGAAGAAAAGAGUGUGCUGUCAUGGAGGGUUACCCUGGUGGUUUAUUUUUGUCGGCUGGCUGCUAGUGGUCGCUACCAGUUUUGUAGCGGGAUAUUUCACAAUGCUUUAUGGGUUGAAAUUUGGGAAGGAACGCUCCGUAAGCUGGUUGGUAUCCAUGAUUGUGUCCUUUUUUCAGAGUGUCCUCGUUAUUCAGCCAGUGAAGGUGCUAUGCCUUGCGGCCUUCUUUGCUCUUAUAAUAAAGAAAGUUGAUGAUGAAGAUUAUCAAAAUGUGACAUUUGUCAAAAACGACACAAAUCUAGGCGACGGCAAGGCCCAACAAAUGGUCAGACGGGAUAGGAAUCUUUAUGAGCCGCCUCCUCCUGCGGACAUUGAGAAGAUGAAAAGGAACAAGAUAUUGGAGCAAAAAGCCUUUGCCCUCUUCAGAGAGAUUUUGACCUACGUGGGGUUUAUGUGGAUGUUGCUGCUGGUGGCGUACGGCCAGAGAGACCCCAAUGCUUUUUUCCUAAACCAGCACAUACAGGACAGCUUCAGUGGAGAGAUCUCAGACAGCAUGAGUCUCGGGGACGUGUUUGCGUGGGCCAACACAUCUCUGCUCAGUAACCUCUUUGGAGUUUAUCCAGGAUUUAUCACAGAUGGAAACUCCAAGCUAGUGGGUAAUGCUCGUCUUCGUCAGUUGAGAGUGCAGAAGAACUCCUGUCAGACUGCAGGCUCCAUGCUGCAGUUUGUGCCAGACUGUCAUGCGCCAUACUCAUGGGAGGCGGAGGACAUGGGCUCCUAUAACCCUGGAUGGAACCACUCUGCAAAGGAUAAUAUCUCUGCAAGCACCUCCAGUCCCUGGAUGUACCAGACACAGGCACAGCUCAGAUCUUACCCUGUCUGGGGCAAAAUGGUGCUCUACAGGGGAGGUGGCUUUGUAGCAGAGCUUGGCCCAAAUUUAGAAAAUGCUAGCAGCACCCUUGAGUUUCUGUUCAGGACCAGAUGGCUGGAUAUGUACACAAGGGCACUCUUUGUGGAGUUCACUGUUUAUAAUGCAAAUGUGAAUCUCUUCUGCAUUGUCACCCUUUUGUUCGAGACCACGGCUGUAGGAGCGUUUCAGUUCCACAGUGAGCUGCAGAGUGUUCGUCUUUACCAGUCAACCGGCGGUCUUCACGUCUUCGUUAUGGCUGCUGAGAUCAUAUAUUUGCUUUUUAUCCUCUAUUAUAUGUUCAUGCAGGGCAAAUUAAUGAAGCAACAGCGGUGGACUUACUUCAGGAGCAAGUGGAACCUUCUAGAGUUGACUGUCAUCUUAUUGAGCUGGAGUGCCGUGGCUGUCUUCAUCAAAAGGACCCUGCUUGGCAACCGCGAUAUGACCUACUACCAAAACCACAGAGACCAAUUUGCCAGUUUUUAUGAGACAGCCACCGCAGACUCGGUACUUCAGUAUCUUAUCGCCUUCCUGGUCCUGCUCGCCACUGUCAAACUGUGGCACCUGCUCAGACUGAACCCCAAGAUGAACAUGAUCACAGCCGCACUGCAGCGAGCCUGGAGUGACAUAUCCGGUUUCCUUGUGAUCAUUGUGAUCAUGCUCAUAGCAUAUUCCACUGCGUGCACCGUGAUCUAUGGCUGGAAGAUGUCCUCUUACAGGACUUUGGCGGAUGCUCUCCUCACCGUUAUCAGCUUGCAGAUAGGCAUCUUUAAUUAUGACGAGGUCUUGGACUACACUCCCCUGCUUGGUGGAUUACUCUUUGGUUCCUGCAUCAUGUUCGUGACAUUUGUGGUCCUCAAUCUCUUCAUUUCACUGAUCCUCGUGGCAUUCAACCAGGAGCAGAUAUACCACAAGCCCUCAGAGGAGGAGGAGAUCGUCGACCUCAUGCUGAAGAAAAUCUGCAACCUUUUUGGGAUCAGAUAUGAAGAUACUAAAGACUCUUUAGGGCCUGACGUAAACUGCAGCAGUGGCUUGACCCUUAAUAACAGCAAAACUGUCCUUAGCAAUGCAAUUGAUGUAAACAUUUUUCAGACAUCCAACAACUCACCAAACCCUUAGGGACAAAGCUUUAUGUAGUAAUGUUUCAUAACUAGGUUUUCUGAAUAUUUUGUAUGCACUAGUAUCCACAUGCUUAUCUGUUCAUGUUCAUUAUUCUUUGCUUGUUCUCUGCUGGGAGGUCAGAAGCGUGCUGCUUUGUGAAUACGGUGUGAUAGAUAAUGAACACACACAGAAUUACGCUGCUGUUUGCUGGUGUGAAUAAUGUGUUUAUUUAGAGAGCAGUUGUUUUUCUGCCAUAGGAUGCUCACUUAGGAUUCAUAAAAAUAAAGUUAUGCACUUCGCUAUACAAACAUCGAUCUUUUGAAACAGUUCACAAUCACCCUUGGUACCCACAAUACAUAUAAGCUAAUAAAAGCUCUGAGAGUAGAAAAAUUAAGCCUUUAACCCCCGGAGACCCACUGUUGUAAAAUUAUAACAUCACAUUUAAUUCUACAAAAAUAAACCUGCAUGGACAGAAAUUGAAUAUUUAUAAAAUACUUACAGGAACAGUCAAAAACAAACCUCUUUACACAUUAAUCAUUAUACCUUCCAGUAGAUGUAUUAAUUGGUUUAUGUGUAGCUCACACUUUGUUCAGUAACUCCAAAAUAAAUUGCUAUGAAUUUAGAGCAUGUUUCACCUUGUAAAAUAAAAUCAUAUGGUAUCAUAUCAGGAAAUAUGCACACCUAUACUUUCAAUGCAUGCUAUAACAUAUCAGUCAUGUUUGUUGUGUUAUGUAUUUGUUUGUUUUAUUAUAUGUGAAUAUAGAAUAUAUAUAUGUUUGUGGGUAUUGUAUAAUUCACCGUGUUUGGUCGAUUAAAGACCAC